AUGGCCACCAAAGAGUCUGAUGCCCAAGUUUCUUCUAAGAAGGAAUUUGCCGAGCUAGCUCUUGAUGGACACAACUUCCCUACAUGGGCGAUGGAUCUCAAAGUGAGUCUAUCGUUACGCGGAAUGUAUAGGGCAAUUGACACUCCCAAACAGGGAGAUGCUCCAUUGUCUGAACCAUCCAAGUACCAUGCCUUAUACAUAAUAAGGAACCACAUCCAUUCAGAUCUCAAAGCUGAAUAUCUGAUGGAAGAGGACCCACGGGCUCUCUGGCUUGCUUUGCAACAGCGGUAUGAGCAACAAAAGGCAGUUAUUCUCCCGGAGGCCACUCAUGAGUGGAACCACCUCCGCAUUCAAGAUUUCAAAUCUGUGAAUGAAUAUAACCAUGCCAUGCACAAACUCAGUUCCAAACUGAGGUUUUGUGAAAAGGAGCCAUCUGAUGCGGAGAAAAUUGAAAAGACUUUGUCUACCAUGCUUCCCGCUCAAAUGAUCCUCCAACAGCAAUACCGUGAGAGGGGAUUCACAGUCUAUUCUGAUCUCAUUAAAACAUUACUUCAGGCUGAGAGGCACAAUGAGCUCCUCAUAUGGAACUCCAAUCAAGGCCCUGUCGGUGCCAAGCCCUUGCCCGAAGUACAUGCAAAUGCUCAGAAACAGACACCAAAGGAUGCCAACAAAAAUGGCAAUCCUAGAUCCUCCAAAGGCAAAAACAAGCGCAAGGGACCCCGUAAGCCUCGAGGUACUAAGGGCAAAGGCAACAACUCUAAGUCAAAAGACAAGUCCUCAACUUGUACAAAGUGUGGUUGCUACAACCACCCGACUAAGAAAUGCCGCACCCCUAAGCACCUUGUGGAACUGUACUUGCAUUCCGUGGGACGAGGACGCUCCAACCAAGGACGCUCCAACCAAGGUGGACAACCGUCUGAAGCACACUUCAACGAUCUGGCAGCCCCCGGAUGUUCCAACCCCGCCCCAGCGGGACCGAGCAACACAAUGGCGCCUCUUCCACCUGAUGGCAUGGCAAAUGACUCCACCAACAACAUGAUCAUUGAAUACAAUUCUGAUGAUCUGUUCGGCGACUACAACUAG